CCCUUGGCGGCUGCGCUGUCCUGAGGGAGGCGAGCCUGUCGCCUCGGCAACGGCGUCCGCAGACAGGAAGAUGGCACCCCGCCCGCGAGGUGCCGCAAGGCGAUUGUCACGUGCGCCGGGCGGGACUUCCGUCGCCGCGAUAUUUUCUUUCCGGUGGUUGGCCGCCUGCUCCUCAUCCACCCGGGCCCUGCGCCCUCCGCCCCGCGGCCGACGCCGCCGGGCCGCUGCCGCCAUGAAGAAGUUCUUCCAAGAGAUCAAGGCUGACAUCAAGUUCAAGAGCGCGGGGCCCGGCCAGAAGCUUACGGAUUCCGCAGGGGAGAAGACCUCCAAAGGAAAGUCACCACAGCUGGCCCUCCGACAGCCCCGUCAGGGCCCCACUGACGAGGCACAGAUGGCUGCCGCUGCUGCCCUGGCCCGGCUGGAACAGAAGCAGCCCCGAGCCCGGGGUCCUACAUCUCAGGACUCCAUCCGGAACCAGGUGAGGAAGGAACUUCAGGCCGAAGCCACCUCCAGCAACAAUCCAGGAGCUCCUGGGACCAACUUGGUACCUGAGCCCAAGGAGGAAAUCUCUCCCCACUUGGCAGUGCCUGGUGUGUUCUUCAUCUGUCCACUCACAGGUGUCACCCUGAGGAGGGACCAGCGGGACGCCCACAUCAAGCAGGCCAUCCAGUCGCACUUUUCCACAGACCCUGUGGCUGCCUCCAUCAUGAAGAUACAUACAUUCAAUAAAGACCGGGACCGAGUGAAGCUGGGUGUGGAUACUAUCGCCAAGUACCUGGACAACAUCCAUUUACACCCAGAGGAAGAAAAGUACCAGAAAAUCAAACUGCAGAACAAGGUGUUCCAGGAGCGUAUCAACUGCCUCGAGGGGAGCCAUGAGUUCUUUGAGGCCAUUGGCUUCAAGAAGGUGACCCUACCCGUGCCGGAUCAGGAGGGUCAGGAAGAGUUCUACAUCCUGAGUGAGGAUGCACGGGCGCAGCCGCAGAACCUGGAGCAGCACAAGCGGCAGCUGUUGGGUGCGGAGCCUGUGCGGGCCACUCUGGAUCGGCAACUCCGAGUCUUCCGCCCCUCAGCCCUGGCCUCACAUUUUGAGCUCCCCUCAGAUUUCUUCAGCCUCACAGCUGAGGAGGUGAAGCGGGAGCAAAGGCUCAGAACAGAGGUGGUGGAGCGGCUGAGCUCACUCAGGACCAAAGCCAUGCGGGAGAAAGAGGAGCAGCGGGAGCUGCGCAAGUACACUUAUGCCCUUCUGCGCGUACGCCUGCCAGAUGGCUGUUUACUGCAAGGGACCUUCUAUGCUCGCGAGAGGCUAUCGGUGCUCUUCCAAUUUGUGCGCGAGGCGCUACAGAAUGACUGGCUGCCCUUUGAGCUGAGGGCCUCCGGUGGGCAGAAGCUGGAGGAGAACGAGGCCCUGGCUCUGAAUGAGUGCGGGCUGGUACCCUCUGCCCUGUUGACCUUCUCCUGGGAUGCUUCAGUGUUGGAGGAUAUAAAGGCAGCAGGAGCUGAGCCACCAAAAUCUGUCUUGAGGCCUGAGCUGCUUGCAGCCAUCGAGCAACUCUCCUGAAUAAAUGCAGGCUUGGCCCAUUGUGGCUCCAGUCUCAUGCUGUUCCCAAACCCAUUCCUUUCCCUGAGUCCCCAGCAAUAGGAAAGACAUUAGUAGCAGUAGUGUUGGGAACAAGGUCCGAUCUCAGGAGCUGAAUUCUCUGUGGGCUGUAAGAGACAGGCUUUUACCUGCCUGAGGUGUGUGGAACCUUAACUCUCUGGUGCCAUCUUGGAAUGCAACACAGGUGGAAUGGACACACAGGCUGUGGAUGGAGGCAGCUGGCAGCAUGGAACUGUAAUUCCUAAGUUAUAAACCCCAAAUAAACAGGCUAUUUAAACUCA